ACAUGUCAUCACUUAUUUCCAUGCAAAUGUCGAAAAUCAGUUAGAAAUAUUUUUCUUUCAAUAAUUUUUUUGUGCAACGUUAUAAACAGUUGACUGUGCUAUCUCGGGUUCAUAAAGAUUUAGAUUAGAUUUUGAUUAAAAAAACCACAACAAAACAUCCGGAGAAUAACGAAGAUGUACGGUUCAGUUUCGGAUAGUUUUGGUUUCCAAGACGAAGUAUUACGGGAUACGCCGACAAAUCGCGAACGAAAUCAUUUGAUUUAUAUUAGAACAACUAUUGGAUAAAAUAUCUCACGGGAACAUUCGAGCGUCGUUCUGAAGAAAUCGGUUGUUAACGUCGUGUACUAUGACGUCAUACUUCACAACAAACCUGAUGCGGGAAACGCAAACAGCAUUACUCGAUCGAUCAGCUAAAUAAUCAAGUUUUAUAGCGGUUAUAACGUAGUAUGAACAGAACCCCAUGUUCUGAUAGAAGUGAUGCUUCGGAUUCUAGGCUAGAAUACCGAACCACUGUGCACUUGCCAGCGGUCGCUACCAAGUCACGUGACAGUCUCGCGAGACCAGCACGUGACCGAGUGAGCGGGGCCGCGUCUGGCCAGGUGCCAACUUACCUGCCCCUACUUGGGGGCAUUGAGGGAUUCGGGAUCGUGGGACACGACCACAGACAGAAAACUGCAGAUGGCGCUGCAGCAUGGCUCGAGAAGCAGAAGGAGGCGGCUGACAGAACCAAGCAGAAGUACGUCAAGAUGGCCGAACAUAUCAACAGGCCGUCGGCGCUGGUGAUGCCGCCAAUCCAUCACAAGCCCCAGAUGACGAACGCCGCCGACGGUGCGGACAUCUGGAAAACGGAGAAAAUCAUCAAAGAGAAGCAGGCGGCUAACAGAAUCCAUCUGGGGAACAUCAUCAGCGAGAUCAAGGCCGAGAUUAUCGACCACGGGAAACUGAUGGUGCCGUCGGAGGGUCACUUCCGGUCCUCGACGCCGCCAGGUUUGGCGACUUGCAAUAUGAGGAGCGCGUCUUUGGACAACGUGUUCGGUUUUGGCAACUUGUCGGACGCGGCGAGGGAGGAGGAGUUAGACCGCCGCCGACAGGAAAUGGCUGACAAGAGGGAGCAAGAGAGGAAAGUGAAAGGGAGGAAGGGGGAGAAAAAGGGAGGGAAAAAGCUGAAGAAAAGAGAAGAUUAGAUUGAAUAUUUUAUUUUUAUUUAUUUUUAUUUUUAUUUUAUCUAUUUAUAUUUUAUAUUUAUUUUAUUUUACACUUUUUGGGAAAUCGUCAGAAGAAAAACAAAGUUUUCUUUCAAUGUUUUUGAAGAACCCUUUUGAAACUGAAAUUGUAUUGGAAUCAUCUCAACUUUGAAGCAUCUUUUUAUAUCUUCAGACCAGAAAAUUGAUGAAAAUGUGUGUGAAUUGAAAAUUUGUUUUGUUAAAUGGACACUGUUUUUGUGUGUAAAAGCACACUGUUUUAAGUGAAAUAGACACUGUUUUUUUGUGUUUAAAAGCACUGUUUUAAGUGAAAUGGACACUGUUUUUGUGGGUCAAAUCACACAUUUUUAAGUGAAAUGGACACUGUUUUUGUGUGUAUGAACACACUGUUUUUUAAGUGAAAUGGACACUGUUUUGUGUGUAAAAGCACACUCUUUAAAGUGAAAUUGACACUGUUUUUGUGUGUAAAAACACACAGUUUUAAGUGAAUUUGACAAUUUUUUGGUGUGUGAAAGAACACUGUUUUAAGUGAAAUGGACACUGUUUUUGUAUAAAAAGCACACUGUUUUAGAUGAAAUGGACACUGUUUUUGUGUGUAAACGCACACUGUUUUAAGGGAAAUGGACACUGUUUUUGUGUGUAAGCACACUGUUUUAAGUGAAAUGGACACUGUCUUGUGUGUUAAAACACACUGAAUUAAGUGAAAUAGACACUGUUUUUGUGUGUAAAGAACACGGUUUUAACUGAAAUGGUCACUGUUUAAAAACACAGUGUGUUUAGUGAAAUAUACACUGUGUUUGUGUGUAAAAGCACAAUGUUGAAGUGAAAAGGGCACUGUUCUUUUGUGUGUGAAAACACACUUAUAAAGUGAAAUAGACACCGUUUUUUGCAUGUAAAAGCACAAUGUUUUUAGUGAAAUGGACACUGUUUUGUGUUAAAAAGCACACUCUUUAAAGUGAAAUGGACACUGUUUUUUGUGUGUAUAAACACACUGUCUUUACUUUCUUUUGUGUGAAAGCACACUGUCUUUUCUUUCUUUAGUGUGAAAGCACACUGUCUUUUCUUUCUUUUGUGUGAAAGCACGCUGUUUUUUCUUUUCUUUGGUUGAAAGCACACUGUCUUUUCUUUCUUUUGUGUGAAAGCACACUGUCUUUUCUUUUUUGUGUGAAAGCACACUGUAUUUUCUUUCUUUUGUGCCAAAUCACACAGUUUUUUCUUUCUUUUGUGUGAAAGCACGCUGUCUUUCUUUCUUCUGUGUGAAAGCACACUGUCUUUUCUUUCUUUUGUGUGAUAGCACAAUGUCUUUUCUUUCUUUUGUGUGAAAGCACACAUUAUUUUCUUUCUUUUGUGGGAAAGCACACAGUCUUUUCUUUCUUUUGUGUGACAGCACACUUUGUUCUUUUGUGUGUCAAUGAACGCUGUCUUUUUCUUUUUGUGUUUGAACGUACAAUGUCUAUUCGAAACUUUGUUUUAUUUACAAAGUCGACAAGUACACUUAUUUUUAGUGUAUGCCAACACUCUGUCUUUUGUGUGUGGAAGCAGGCUAUCUUUUGUGAAAUGGACAAUUUCUUUGUGUGCGAAAGCACACUGUCUGUUGUGAUAUGGACACUUUGUUUUGUGUGUGUCAGAGAAAGCACACCGUUGUAAGUGAAAUUGACACUUUGAAUACCGGCAUAACAACACAGAAAGUUAUGCAAAAUGAACAACUCCUAUUGAAGUGCUAACUAGGCGUGGAGGAGAAAGUCACUUGAAUUGUGAGGAAUUUUCCAGCUUUGAAUUUUGUGAAAGCGCAGUUUGACACUAUAGCAUAUUUAUGCGGGAAAACAGUAACGGUCAAGAUGCAAUAAACGACGACGGGCGAAUGUGCAAUACAUGUAUAUGAAACGCUUUUGUUUUUUGUUGAUAUGUUGGCCUUUGGAUAUGUGCAAUGUGUAUGCUUGAAGUUGUGCAAUAUUUUCCGUGUAAUGUGUAGUUAUUCGAAGUGCAAUAAAAAAUCAAAUAUAUCGAGUUCGUUGUAUUUUCUAUUUCAAUUAACACUAUGAGAAUUUGUUUUAAUUGUCAACAAACUGUGCACAUACAAAAAGGGACGAAUUUAAAGUUGUAAUAUACAUAACUGCAAACAUAUUGCCUUA